AUGCGUGCCUCAUUUGCACUUUUGCCUGCCCUUGCGGCCAUGACUAUGGCUAGUCGAUGCCGCCCACGUACAACGACAACGUCGUCUUUGGAAACAUCGACAUUGACGUCGGCGGUCGUUAGCAGCCCAACGAGCUCUGCGGACCCUACCUCCAGCGCUGUCAGCAUCAUCGAGAGCACGACAACCACCGCGUCAGAUGAGCCUACGACAACUGAGUCAUCGACCGUAGAGCCAUCGACCGUAGAGCCAUCGACCACAGAGCCUGUCACAAGCGAGCCGGCCACGACGAGCGAACCGCCUACCACCACCCAGCCUCUUACUACCACUGAGGCGCCUACCACGACUGAGGAGCCUACCACCACAUCCGUCGAGAGCACGACCUCGAGCGCUCCCAUCCCUGCUCCCACAGUCACGGGCUUCUGCCUGAAAGUCGUCACUCCUGAUGUGCCCAACAGGGACUACCACAUUCGUCAGGUCUCCCCCAGCUCCAACAUGCUUACCGAGUCCCCGGAGGGCCCCAACUAUGGCUUCUUCGACCUUGACAUCUCCACUGGCAAGCUGACCGUCAGCGGCGGUCCAUACAUCAGUCUAUAUGCCGGCUAUGAGGUCUACGCGCCCCCACCAUUCAACAACCAAAACCUUCGCCCUCUCCGGUUCACGAACAUGCCGGUGGAUUAUCCAGUGGUCUGCUCAAAUCCUGAUGGGGUCUACACGUCUGGGUCGGUGUUGAAGUGCGAGGUGUCGGCCCCUUGGGCUGACGGUGUGAUGAGGAAGUAUUCCUUGUUCAACAGCGGGGUUAGCUCGCCAGUCGGUGCGUGGAGCAUCAUGCGCGAGGAUUAUGUGAGGCCUGGGUCUUAUAACUUUGAUGUGGCCAUGUUCUAUGGUGGGAAUGAGUGCCUUUACCAGAAAUGA